GGACCAUGACUGCCAAGGCACCUGGCCGGCCUGCCCGGCUGCACAGCCCCCUGUCCGGGGUCUGGGCGGCGGCGCUGCUCCUGCUGGGUCUGCCGCGCCUCUACGUGCGGGCGGAUGGGAAGCUCUUUGUGCUGGAGUCUCAGAAUGGCUCUCAGGGUCUGGAACUGGAGGCGGCUCAGCUGUCCUGCAAGAGCAGGGGCGCCCACCUGGUCUCUGCAGACGAGCUGCGGAGGGUGGUCCGGGAUUGUGCCUUCGCAGUGUGCACCACAGGCUGGCUGGCAGACGGCACCCUGGGGACAACCAUGUGUAGCAAAGGGAGUGGUGAACAGCAAAUCAUGAGAGCUGUUGAUGUGAGGAUUGAGAGCAACCCAGUUCCUGGUGGCAUGUACAAUGCCCUCUGCAUUAAGGAUGAAGAGAAGCCGUGUGGAGACCCACCUUCGUUCCCCCACACCAUCCUGCAGGGCCGCACCGGCUUGGAGAUGGGGGAUGAGGUGCUGUAUGUGUGUGCCCCCGGCCACAUCACAGGCCACCGGGAAACCGCCUUCACCCUGCUCUGUAACAGCUGUGGCGAGUGGUACGGCCUGGUGCAGGCCUGCGGGAAAGAUGAGACUGAGGCACAUAUUGACUAUGAAGAUAACUUCCCUGAUGACAGGUCUGUGUCAUUCAGAGAGCUCAUGGAGGAUUCCCGGACAGAGGCAGAAGAGGACAGGGGUCAGGAAGAAGCCUCUGAGGAGGCUCCAAAACAGGACAGUCUGAUCUCCAUUUCCGUGGGGAAAGAAAACAUCGCCCAGGAUAAAGCCUUUGUGCCAACCGCAGGUUUGCCUGGUGCUGGGAGCAACGUCCCCACAGACUUGCCAGGAUCUCGACCAAACCAGAAGUACUUGUUCUGGUUUCCUGCUGAGACUUUCCACAAGCCUGAGCUGGAAAAAGAGGUGGAUGAUAAUCCCAAAAAGCAGUUUCCUGCUGGAGAAAACCACAGUAGUGUGAAAUUUGUCCCAGGUAAACCUGAAAGCAAGGUGAUCUAUGGCAGCACUGACAGCCCCUCAGGGCCAUUUCUGGGCAGGAAUGACAGCAAGGCAGGGGAUCCAGUGGUGAGCAGCAGCGAUGAGUCCUGGUUAGAUGGCUACCCUGUGACAGAUGGGGCUUGGAGAAAGACGGAGGCGGAAGAGGAGGAAGAUGGAGACAAGGGGGCUGGGUCAGUAGGACUAGAUGAAAGUGCACUAGUUACCCCUGAUCAGCCCAUUCUUGUGGAAAUUAAGAAACCCAGGAGUACCACCCUCAUACCACACGAGGACAUGACCCAUGGUUCAGUUCUUCCAUCUCAAAUGCUAGAUGUGGAGGCUUUGGCUCUCAGACCCAUGAAUGUGUCUGAGACUGAGGGUCCCCACAAUGGGGAUGGUGACUUGACCAAGUACCAGUCAACUGUGCUGUGGCGAUUCACUGCAGAGAAGUCUCCCAUGGCCACCCCACCCUAUGAACUCACCACCUCGAUGCUGGAGACAUUAACAACUGCUGUCCAGCAGAUGCCCGACCACGUCCCCUCAACAGUCAUGGCGGCCACCCAGCCUCCAGUGGAGACCACUACUCCUGAGGUCCAGGAUAGCUUCCCAUACCUGCUGUCUGAGGACUUCUUAGGACAAGAAGGCCCUGGGCCAGGUGCGAGUGAAGAGCUUCUUCCAACCUUGGAGCCAUGUGUUGGGGGCGAAUGUUCCAGCCUCAGUAGAGGCCCCAUGAUUGCCACCAUCGUCACCGUCCUUUGCCUGCUGCUGCUCCUAGCAGGUGUUGGGGCAGUGUGGGGCUACCGCAGGUGCCAGCACAAGGGCUCCGUGUACAAGCUGAAUGUUGGCCAGCGGCAGGCUCGGCACUACCACCAGCAGAUUGAGAUGGAGAAGGUCUAGCCUCCCUCAGAGUGGGCUGUCCCACAGCCACUUGGGAGGAAAAUUAACGGUGACACAUCACACUGAUAAACACUGAUAAUUCACGAGAGCAUGACGCAGGUAGAGUGGAGCUCACCAUUUUUUCCUCAGCUCUUUAUUUUAUAGGCUGAGAAGUGUCUCUGGAGCACCUGGCAGGGCAGGAAGGCUUUGGUGGCAUCAUCUCACACAUCAGUGUCUCCUCAACCAUCUGCCCUGGAACUGAUUGCACUAUCCCAGACCUGUGCAUGGGCCCUAAUUCCAAUGUGAGGUCAAAGAUCACCUCUUCCUCAUACUAUUGUCUUCUUUUCCCUUUUGAAAAAAUAAAAUCAUUGGCUUUGUACCCUGAGAUUGUUUAACUAGGUGUGAUACACUGAGCUUUUGAGAGCAGUGUUUUAUUUAGGAUAUAGGUAUUUAAUUGUUGAGAGUGGGAUAUGGAAGGGUCAUGGGUUAUUUCCUUUUAAUGUUGUGAUGUUGCUGAGAGCAAAUGAACCAAGAACCAGGACACAGUCUAUUCUCUAGAAGCUUUGAGGUUUCUUUUUAAUUGUUUCUUGAAAUUGGAGAGAAUGUAAGGCUGACAUUUUGUUGAGGGAAGGCGAGGAGUGAAGAGGCACACAUCCACCUCUGUUCCCGUCAUUCUGUGGGACAGCUCACCAUUUUUAAAAACAAAGUUAGCUUUAUACCAGUAAGUACCAUUUCCUCUCAGAAGCAGUGGCCUAGUUGUCCUUGACCAGUCUGUGCCUAGGAAUGUCUUGGAAUUUUUGCCAGGACCAACAAAACUCAGUCCUUGGUUUCCUCUCUCAGGAUUAGCCAUUUCUCUGAACUCCAGAAAGAGGGAAUGACAUGGGAGAAAAAAAAUGUUUUAGGAGGGCCAAAGACUAAGAUAUCAAGUAUGGGAGCCUACUUGAUGAAGAGGCAGAGGAAUUAAAAAGGAGUGUGAAAUGAUCCAUGCUGAUCUAUUCUUUACUCCAGUGUGGAAAUUGUGAGCUCUAUGGAAACAGAGUCCGUCCUGGUUAUUGGGCAAUCCAUUUCGUAGAUCAUCUUAUGGUGGCUCAGCAAGUAUUGUUUAUGACGGUGGCACUCAAGGUGUGGUCUUCAGACCAGCAGAAUCAGCAACACCUGGGAACUUGUUAGAGAUGCACAUUCCAUGGUUCUACCCCAGACUCAGGAAACAGAAGCCCUGGAGUGGGGCCCAGCUCUCUAUGUUUUAACAAGCCGUCCAGGUGACUUUGAUGCACACCAAAGUUUGAGAGCCAUUGUUUUGUGAUAAAUUGUGAGCUUUGAGGCUAGGCGAAGCCCUAGAGGCACAGAAGAUGAGUAACACCUGUGGUUUGUCUUGCAUGGGAACCAGGCAUCGCUACGUGCACGUGAGGCAGCAUUUGAAGCUGCCAAAAUGCCAUCUGCAAUGGUCUCCUGUGUGUUGGCACGGAAACUAAGCAUGCUGUAUUUUUCUGGUAUGAAUCACCUUCUUGGAAAUAGUUAUCAGUGAUAAAAAGUGAUGAAAGCAAUACAUUUAUUUUGAGACACUAUAGGAGUCUAAGUGUUUUUGUGUGGCACGAGAGAAAUCCUGAUCUUUUUGCAAUUGAAAAAUUGUUGGGGGAUGUUUUCUCUAAGGAAAAAAAGAAUUCUCACAACACAUUUUCUUCCCUGCCACCUCUUUUCAGCGCAAGCUUUGGAAAAAUAAUAGGGUAAGUAGCCGUAAAGACAGCAUAAUCAAAGAUCUUAGUCCCCAUAAUUGGGUAAAAUAAAGGCCUGAACGUACCAACUGGAAUACUGAUGCAUCAGGUGAAAUCAAGUACAAUUGGAAUAAAAUGCUCUCUACACGUUACCAAAGCAAAACACAACAAAUAAAAGCCAGAGACUGUAUAUAUUUAUAAGUUAGAUUCUAAUCUAUUGCAAGACAACUUUUCCAUGUUUAACUAUACAAAGUAACCUCUGCCUCAACGUUGGGAUUGUGUUAGUCACUAUUAUUGUGUAAUAACCCAGAACAUUGAAUUUACACCAGCAAAUAAAUAGGUCAUAUUAAUACAAAUGUAUUAAUAAAUUUAUUACAAAUUAUUAAUACAUGUAAAUAUAUUAUUUGUAGACGUGGACUGUGAAAUCCAACACAUCAGUUUUUAAGUUUUUAUUGGUUUGCUGUUAUCUAAAUUAAUGUUACAGAAUCUAAAAAUGCAUGUCAGAGGGACCGAUUAAAAUGCUAUAAACCUAAAUUUUAUGUCAUUAUGCAUGUUUUGAGACUGGUAAAUGUUUAGUGUUCAUGAAAAUUGAGGGGUGGGUGGGGUGUUCUAUUAACACGAAGCUUCUGAGAUGUUUAAAAUAAAUAAUUAUUUCCCCAA